AUGCACAAGUACCAAGAAUCGCUUGAUGGUACUGAGUUGCAGAAGCGGAUUGUCAUGUCUUCUCGCCGUACUUUCAAUGUCAUGGAGAUGGCCUUUGUGCGCGAUCGACUCACACCCAGGCUGGACAUUGAAGACAGAUUCAAGGUUGCGUUUUGGCUCACUGGCUUCCCUUAUAAGGGUCACAGUGAAGAUAGAUUUGUGAGCUCACAUAAGGAUGCUUGUGAAGAAUUGGAUGCACUGGAUGAGCUCUUUAGGGACGAGGAAGAAAUUUCUGAAGCAGGUGAUUACGUCAGAAAAUACUUGGGAGCUACGAUCACCGUGGUCGCGCUCAGUGGAAAGGAAUAUCCGUGGAGACACUUCCCGGCAGAGUCGGUUUUCGCUGUCGAUGUGGAUGAACUGAAUCACUCGCCUCAGCUGGAUUACUGUAUUGCGGAGAGGAGCUGCGCCAUUUUUCAUUACUGUAAGUCCAUGUCUGAAUCAGCUGUGAAUGUCCUUCUCUCAACAACUGUUAUUUCAGGCGAUCCAAGCAGAGAAGUUCAUUCAACUGUGAAGGCAUCUACUCAAAAGAAGCUACCAACGACGACCACAGCUAAGAAGGUAACAUCACGGGCGCCGCAGUAUGGAACAACGUCAAAGGCACCCACAAAUACAAGAACGACUACAAAGGCCUUGAAAACACCUUUCCCAUUUGCUCCGACAAACGCUCCCAAUGUUGAGGGUUCAUCGUGCGCUUGUAAUUACUCGACUUCGUGGAAUGACGUCAUGCUAGUUUUUGAGUCAACGGAAUCCACCACAGCGCACGGGCUUCAAGAGCUGAGCACGCGAAUUGGAGUGGUCGUCUACGGUUUGACGGCGCACCUCUAUGCUCCUUUGGGAUCGCUAACGCGUGAUGAAUUUCUCGACAUUGAAGCCUUACCAUACUACGGGAGUCAAAUAGUUAAUUUAGAAGACGCUCUUCGCAUGGCUGCACUUCAGUUCCAGACGGAAAUGGACCGACCAAAUUCCAGAAAUGUCAUCGUGCUCUCGGCCACCUCCUAUAGUGCUGGCGGAGCAUUCAACCCCAAACAAGUCGCUGAUCAAUUCAAGGAGGAUAACGGAGUGCUUGUCGUCUAUAAUUACGUGGAAGAACACGGGUUCCCCGAGUCAAGAUUGAUGACCAUCGCUUCACCAGGAUACUUUCUUUCCACUACUACGGACCUUGCAGGGAAUGGGAUCAGUGAAGCAUUGUGCAGCGCAAAUUGCUUCUGCCGUCAGGGGUACGACUCAUUCCAGGAAGACCCGCAACGGAACACCCCUGAAACAGGGUGCUACUCGAGGAAGCAAGCCCAAGCUACAUACACACUGGCGACCAGCCAAUGCAGAACGGAGGGUGGUGUUGUUGCCCUCGCGAAAACUCCGAAUGAAACGGAAUACCUAGCUACG